UUAGUGGUGGACAAGGAAAGGGUUUGUAUGAAAUUACAUAUUGAAUGCGGAAAAGCUGAGAAGCGCACACACAACUCUGCUGGCGCGGUUAUUUGGUGCACGUUCACAGUAAAUUAGGACAUGGCUUGCAGCUCGAUGGCCAGCUUGAGAGGAGGGAGAGCGUGAAUUGUGUUGCCUAAAUGAGAUUAAAAAAGCGGGUGGCUUCUGUUUGUUCUAGAAAGGCGUCGUAUCGGCACUGACAGCAGUGUGAAUAUCAGCGCAGAACGACGAGGCCAACUCUCACGCUCAGCUACACCGCGAAAUGUUGACGUCUCUUCUGGAGAUUCUUAUUCUACCGAUAUGUCUUCAACAGUGCGGUUUUGUACACGGAUCAAAGACAGAAUGUGAGCCCAGUCAGUUCCAGUGUGGGAACGGUCGCUGCAUCCCGUCUGUCUGGCAGUGUGACGGGGAUGAGGACUGCUCCGACGGGAGUGACGAGAACACCUGCGUUCGGAAGACCUGUGCGGAGGUGGACUUUGUCUGUCGUAAUGGCCAAUGCGUCCCCAAGAGAUGGCACUGCGACGGAGAGCCAGACUGUGAGGAUGGGUCUGAUGAGCAUGUGGAAGUGUGCCACACCAGGACCUGCCGUGUGAAUGAGUUUAGCUGUGGGGCCGGUUCCACCCAAUGCAUCCCCGUCUUCUGGAAGUGUGAUGGAGAGAAGGACUGCGAUAACGGAGAGGAUGAAAUGAGCUGUGGUAACAUCACGUGCGCCUCGCUGGAGUUCACCUGUGCGAGCGGCCGCUGCAUCUCCCGUAACUUCGUCUGUAACGGGGAGGAUGACUGUGGUGACGGGAGUGAUGAGCAGGAAUGUGCUCCAUCCUCCUGUGGUCCCAGCGAGUUCCAGUGUGGCAAUGCCACCUGUAUCCCUGGCAACUGGGUCUGUGACGAUGACGUGGACUGCCAGGACCAAUCUGAUGAGUCCCCUCAGCGAUGUGGUCGCCAACCCACGCCGCCGGCCAAAUGUUCGUCCAGCGAGACACAGUGUGGGUCUGGGGAGUGCAUCCACCGCAAGUGGCGAUGUGACGGGGACCCAGACUGCAAGGAUGGCAGUGACGAAGCCAACUGUUCUGUUCGUACCUGCAGACCGGACCAGUUCAAGUGUGAGGACGGCAACUGUAUCCACGGCAGCAGACAGUGCAACGGUUUGCGUGAUUGUGCAGAUGGCACCGAUGAAGUCAACUGCAAAAACUUGACACAGUGCAAUGGCCCUGACAAAUUCAAGUGUCGGAGUGGAGAGUGUAUAGAGAUGAAUAAAGUGUGCAACAAGGCCCGGGACUGUCCAGACUGGAGCGACGAGCCCAUCAAAGAGUGCAACCUGAACGAGUGUCUGCUGAACAACGGAGGGUGCUCCCACAUCUGCAGGGACAUGGUGAUUGGCUUCGAGUGUGACUGCACCCCUGGACUGCAGCUCAUAGACCGCAAGACCUGUGGAGACAUCAAUGAAUGUAUGAACCCUGGGAUCUGUAGUCAGAUUUGUAUCAACCUGAAGGGAGGUUAUAAGUGUGAGUGCCACAACAGCUACCAGAUGGACCCCACCACAGGAGUGUGCAAGGCUGUGGGCAAGGAGCCCUGUCUUAUCUUCACUAACCGUCGGGACAUCCGGAAGCUGGGUCUGGAGCGGCGGGAGUACACCCAGAUCGUGGAGCAGCUGCGGAACACGGUGGCACUGGAUGCAGACUUCACCCAGCAGAGGAUCUUCUGGGCAGACCUGAGCCAGAGGGCCAUCUUUAGCACAGUGUUGGAUAAGAGAGGAGAUGUAGGAAGUCAUGUGAAGGUGAUUGAUAAUGUGACACCUGUGGGGAUCGCUGUGGACUGGAUCUAUAACAACAUCUACUGGUCAGACCUCGGCACCAAGACCAUUGAAGUGGCCAACUUCAAUGGCACCAAGCGGAAAGUUCUCUUCAGCAGUGGUUUGAAAGAGCCUGCAUCCAUCGCUGUGGAUCCACUCUCUGGAUUCCUCUAUUGGUCAGACUGGGGUGAACCAGCCAAGAUUGAGAAGUCUGGUAUGAACGGGGUUGACAGGCAGGUCCUGGUCCAGACUGAUAUUCAGUGGCCCAAUGGAAUCACUCUAGACCUGAUCAAGAGCAGACUGUACUGGGUGGACUCCAAGCUGCACAUGCUCUGUAGCGUGGACCUGAACGGCAACAACCGUAGGAAAGUGCUGCAGUCCCCAGACUACCUGGCUCACCCCUUUGCGCUCACUGUGUUCGAGGAUCGAGUGUUCUGGACAGAUGGGGAGAACGAGGCGAUCUACGGAGCAAACAAGUUCACAGGCUCUGAUGUGAUUACCCUGGCAAGCAAUCUGAACGAGCCGCAGGACAUCAUUGUUUACCAUGAGCUAAUCCAGCUGUCCGGAACAAACUGGUGCAAUGAGAAGGGUCUGAACGGAGGCUGUGCCUACAUGUGCCUGCCAGCGCCACAGAUCAACAAAUACUCCCCCAAGUACACAUGUGCGUGUCCGCGAGACCAGACGCUCGCCUCAGACGCCCUUCACUGCAGACCAGUGACCCCUUCAGCUCCCUCAAAGGAUGAUGGGAAAGCUCUAAUACAUCCCACUCACCCCCAAGCGACCACAGUGCCAAAUGUUGUCCCCAAACCUGUCCCUGCUGAAGCCAACAGCAGUACAUCCAUCCAUGAGGUGAACUCCACAGCUAGAGGAUCUACAGCUGCCUGGGCAAUCCUCCCUGUGUUGUUGCUGGCCAUUGCUGCAGCAGGAGGCUACUUGAUGUGGCGUAACUGGCAGCUGAAGAAUAAAAAGAGCAUGAACUUCGACAAUCCAGUGUACCUGAAAACCACAGAAGAGGACCUCAACAUUGAUAUCAGCAGGCACACCUCCAAUAUAGGCCACACAUACCCAGCAAUAUCAGUGGUGAAUACCGAAGAUGACUUGUCAUAACCAACCUUCCAAAUGACCCCCAUCGGUUUACUGACUCGUUGGCCUCCUUGCUAACGACUUCCGGUUCUUUAGCAGAGUUGCAUCCAGAUGCCUUCUGAAGAGCAUUAAGUUAUCAGUUCUGGGGAUGUUUGUCAUUUGUGUGAAUAUGAAUUGUGUCCUACUCCGGCUGCCUUUAGACAAGCAGCACCAUUCAGAGGUUUUUAUUUAUUUAUUUAUUUCUCACAAAUUGGUAUUUUGACCAAUCAGAUCACCUCUGAAAAAGAUAUGUGAUUGAUCAAAAUACCAAUUGGUGGGGGAAAAAAUAUCAGAAUUGGCAUUCCUGUCUAAACGCAGCCUUGGUGUGUGAAGGGAUUUUGGGAGCUUGGCCUCUAUAUCCCCACUCCUCCCUCAGCCCCAAAACAUUUCAAAGAUUCAACUACAUACAGUAGAACCUUGUUACUUCAGAACACGUGUAUGGGUGGUGAUGCAGGGAGUUCCUGGUUCUGACUUUCAGUCCCCUGGUGGACAUGUUUUUUGUGAAUAUUUAUUUAAAAGCAUACUUUAGGCAGUACUUUCAUGAAAUAUGUAUGUUUUUUUUCUUAUGAACAUUACCUCCAGAAGCACAUUCUUCUAAAUAAUUUUUAUGCGACUCUGUGCUUGGGAAGAUGAGCUCUAUUGGGAAUGUGAUGGUACUACAUCAUUUGUAAAAUAUUGUACAUAAACCCUCUUCCCCCAAGAACAGAAUCAGGACUGAAGCACUUUGAUCAAAUGUUCCAUUGUAAAUAAGAUUGUAUACAUUUGACUGAAUACAUUUUUGUAGAGUAAGAUGUAUUUAAAACUAGAUUUAACUUUUGUAUGUUAGGGCGGGUUUGUAAAUUCACUCUGGCUAUCUACUCUGAUUUCAGAGCACUCUUGUCAGAGCGCAGCAUAACUGAUGAAUUUACGAACACUCAACACCCGUUGAAUAUGACCGGUGUCAAUAAACAUCGUAAAAAAAAAAACAUAUUCUUGCCAGCAGCACAGUUAGUCACCAACGCUCUGGAUAACAUGAAAACAGCCUAACCAGCUCUGCUAGGGUGAGUAAAAUGGUCAGAGUGAGGUGUUCUCUCAUUUAUGUCUGGAAGUAGCUAGCUAACUUUAGCCAGUUAGCUUGGGUGCUUGACUGCCGUUGUGAGAUCAGAACGUUCUGAUCAAACGCCCAGAGCGCACUCCAGGGUGAAUUUACUAGCGCCCAGAGCGCACUCCAGGGUGAAUGUACAAACGCCCAGAGCGCACUCCAGGGUGAAUUUACUAGCGCCCAGAGCGCACUCCAGGGUGAAUUUACUAGCGCCCAGAGCGCGCUCCAGGGUGAAUUUACUAGCGCCCAGAGCGCACUCCAGGGUGAAUUUACUAGCGCCCAGAGCGCACUCCAGGGUGAAUUUACUAGCGCUCAGAGCGCACUCCAGGGUGAAUUUACGAGUACACCCUUGGUGUUCUGUUGCUGUGAUCUUUUCCAACCUUGUAGAGUAUGGGGAUUAAAUACUGUAUUGUGAUCAAAUAAAACAAGACCCAUAAGUCAUUCAAAACUCA